AUGUCCUACGCCGUGGAAUCAAAGAAACGGAAAUUCCAUCGAGUUCUCGAGUCUAUCUCGAAACCAUCCACCCCCGAAAGUACAUCCAAGCCCUCCAAGUCAACAGCAACAACAUCGUCAAGCGCAGGCGCCCAACAAGACCGACCACCUGCCAACCUCUCCAUAAAGAAAGUCCGUUUGACCGGAAAUGAUGCAUCAGAUCCUAUCUCAGUGCGCAACUCAAUAUUGAAUCUUUCGCGAUCUACAUCUCGAACAUCGUCUUCCUCUUCGUCGAAGCGCCCAACUUUCGUCCCAUGGGACCGCGAAGCAUUCCUCGGGCGGCUAGAGACCUUUCGUCGAGUGGACAGAUGGACUUCCAAACCUUCACCGAUAAAUGAAGUACAAUGGGCGAAACGUGGUUGGAUAUGCACAGAUGUGAAGCGCGUGAGCUGUGUCAGUGGUUGUGGCGGCUCGGUAGUAGUGAAGCUACCGGAGGAGAUCGAUGAACUAGAUGGAUAUGAUAUAGAAAAAGUUAAAGAGCGCGGGGAAGUCCGUGCAAAACUCGUGGAUGAAUAUGUCAAACGACUACGAGAAGACCACGGCGAGAACUGCCCAUGGCGCAACAAAGCAUGUGAUGCUACUAUUCAGCAUUUACCAUUAGCGAAUACGGACACGGCUAUUGCUGGCCUACACGAUCGCUAUCGAAACAUUGUGAAGAUGGGUGAUAAAUUACCAGCCGAAAGUGCGAUUCAAACUCCGGACGUUUUUGAUCUGGAUGGACUUAUCAAAACUUUACCCGAAGACUGGCCAAAUAACCAGGAGCAAGCUUCCCAGACGACAGAUGCUCAAGACGAGCCUAGUGUGGAAUCCAUUGACACUGCUUCCGAGCCACCGGCGGAACUGCCAAAAUCUAUUAACAAGGCUGCACUUUCAAUGGCAUUAUUUGGAUGGGAUGCUGUAACCGAUGGAGCUGCCGGGCUAGUCGGGUGCAAAGCUUGUUUCCGUCGCCUUGGUUUGUGGAUGUACAAGCCAAAAGAAAAUGGAGACGUAACCGUCUAUACAUCUCUAGAUGUGACUUCCGAGCACAUGGAAUACUGUCCAUGGAUCAAUCGACUCGCACAAGGUGGAACAGGCAAAUCAAAUGAGAAAGUUGAGAUCUUGCGCAGUGGCUGGGAGAUUGUGGCCGAAGCAUGCAAGGUGAAGCACCGUCGACGGCUCCGAUCUGUGGCAUCUAUGGAUAUAUCCCAGAGUCGCUCCAGCACGCCUUACGAGGAGAGCAUACCAGACGAAGAAAACGAGGAGAGCCGCAAAUCUGCCGACCGCGAAUGGUGGGCGAAGAUUCGACGAAUAAGACAUGCAUUGACUCCCAAGUCGCCGCAUCGCAAAUCCAAUCUCUCGAAAUAA